UCAUCUGUGAUCUGUGGAUCGUGACAAGUGUAUCUCGAUCUAACCUAUUUUUAUAGAAACUACCUAUUUUUAUAGAAACUACAGUUUUAUUUAAAUUUAAUUAUUGAUUGCAAAACAUGGAAAUCCAUCCACUAAGUAUAAUUUUAGUAAAAAGCGAUAGUAAGGGUGAUAGAUUGUUAUUUCGAUAUCCUCACAUGACAAAUCAUGUAAGGGAUUCGGGCCAAUGCACUAAACGAAAAAAUCCUUAUUCGCUAACGAAUACGGAAGACUUGUUGCAAUCUUUGCCAUUUUCAACAUCGAAUAUAAGUAAUGGGAAUCUAACUGGUUUAACGGAUGAAGUUCUAUCUACUUUAUUUGCUGUAAAGCCAGAAUUAUGCGAACAGAAAUUCGAAUUAAAAGUAAAUGAUGUUCGCUUUGUUGGACAUCCGACUUUAGUUCUAUCUCGUAGCUUAAAGGAAGUAAAUUCUUCUAUGCUUUUCAAUAUAGUCUUUGCACUGCAAGCACAAGCGAGUUAUUCGAUAGUAAGAUGUUACUAUGACCUAAGUAAAAGAUUAGGCAUAGCGUUGAGACAUGAGGAAAGAAGAUGUGGUUUUCUGACGGAUGAAAUAAAAAUAAUGGUCUCUACACACGAUGAAAUUGCUGGAAGAUCCGAAGGUGAGAGUGAUUGUGAUGAAUCACCGUACGAAUUAAUCCUUCAACGAAGCUCACUAGCACGUGGUUUAAAGUCUGUCUUUAGUAAUCUCAGUACUUCUGGCAUAGUCAGUAUUAUGAUUAACAAGUGGAUUCAAGUGCGCUUCUGUCUUCCUCAGAAAGUUCACCAAUCGCAUAAGAAAGGUCUACUCAUUGACCCUGAAAUUAUAGAUAGAUGUUUGAAUAGUUUAAGACCUUAUCAUGGCAUACUUUUAUUGACAGAGCCGUUAGACUUGCUAGAAUCUUUGCAAAUAGACUGCUCUCCGGCACUUAAACGUUUGAUUCAAAUGUACAAUCCAUUGAAAAGUCUACAAACUUUAGCAGCAAAUUCGGAUUUGACGCUCGCCCAGGUGUUUCAGCUAACUGGCCAUUUAGUUUAUUGGGCGAAAGCUACAAUAAUUUACCCACUUUGUGAAAGCAAUGUCUAUGUUAUCUCGCCUGAUGCUAUUUUGACCAGUCAAUUACUAGACUCUUUCUCCGAACAUUUCCCAGGAGUUUGCUUACUUCAAGUCAUCAGUGAUUUCUCCUUACCAACUUCCAUUAGCCAAAAGUUGAAUCCUUUAAGCCAACCACAUCAACAAACGCAAUUAGUAAAGAUAAUUAUAUGGCUAUUAAAGAAUCAUCUGCUUCUACAAUUGCAUACAUACGUGCGGUAUAUACCAACAGCAUAUGGGCGUUUAUCAUUAGAUACAAAAGAAGACCAAGAAACAUGUGACACAGACGUGAUAGAAAAAAGCGGAAGCACAUGGAGUUUAAACGAGACACCAAAAGGAACGCCUACCGAAAUGAAAGAGGAAUUGUCACUCGUAAAUAAGAAGGAUGCGUUAUAUGAUUAUCAAUCCGAGGAUUACGAUAUUCCUUCUGAUGAUAGGAAGCUACUCGAUAGAUUGUGCCAUCUUGGCUAUUUUAAUGGUGGUUAUCACUUGGAGGAGAUUAUGUAUUUAGAAAACAUUCGUAGAUCCCAGUUGUUACAACUUCUUGAUAAAUUUCGGGAUGUCUUAAUGACUUCCGAAUGCGAAGACCCCGCUAUAGCACUCUUUUACAGCCAAUUGGAUUCUUAAAAUUUUUUUAUCUAUACAUAAUAUACAUAUACAAUAAUAGAGUCUCUAUAUCAGUAUUAUAUACACAAAUAUAUAUACAUAUAUAUGACACCUAAAGAGAAACACUUUUCUAAACUGAAAUAAACAUUAUACAAACAAUUAUAAUUUGUAUAAUUUUAGGAAGCAUGUAUAUAUAAAGUUGAUUUUUUUUCUCAAGACCAUUAUUUCCCGUUUUCAUGAAAAA